UUAAAAUUCAUUAUAAUUCUAAAAAAAAAUCUUAAAUUUUAUUUAAAAUAAAUAGAAGUUUCAAGUUACUGAAAAUAAAAAUUUCAUUAUGGACGUAGCGUGUAAAAAGGUUUUUUUGAAUGUAGCACGAGGAGAUGUGAAAAAAACAGUCAAACUAACUAUGGACAAGUCAAAAUAUAUAAAUUUGGAUGAACUAAAUGAUGCUGUAAAAAUCAAAUUUAAUUUUAAUGAGAAUCCAAUAUACACAAGUGAAGUUGGUGAUGUUCUUGAUCCAGAGGAUGUCGUAGAUUAUAUUUAUCAAUACAUGGAAUCUCCAUCGUUUGUGUUACAAAUAAAAGGUUCUCCAUUUGAAACAGAUAAUAAUUCAGUAGAAAUAUUAAACGAGCUUGCAGUUGUAAAUGCAUCGACUGUACAAGAACCUUCAUAUGUAAUCGAAAAUUUGUUUAAUACCUUGAUUACAGAAGAGGACUUUAAAUUAUUUCUUAAUUUCGAGUGCAAAGAUAUUAUUCAAUCAUACAAAGAGAAGCAAUUAUUAGGACGGUAUGACAGAAUAAAUUUAAGCAAAAGUAUUAUCAAUCAUCUUUUAAACGUGGAUCCUUAUAUGAAUAUACGAAAAGAAGAUUUUGAAAGAUUGGCUUCUUAUAUUGUGAAAGCAUUUCCAAACGAAUCAAAAGAUUCUUACUACACAAAAUAUUCAACUGGACGUUUGGCUUCUGGUAAAUUAUAUGAUGCAUAUACAAAUGCAAAAACCAAAUUAGCUAAAAAAGGUUUGAUACAUCGCAGAAGUCGCUCUAAGAGUCUCUCAUCUACUUGUACUGAAUCAACUUUAGUUUCACCUAUUCACCUUAACUUAGAUAACGAUCAAUCGACAAUACUGGAAAUUGUCGAGGAAAUUUCAGCUGCGUCAACAAUUUCGGACGAGUUGCGGUGCAAAUGGGAGAUCACAUUUGAUCACCGAUGUAUGCUAUUAGAAAAGGAUACUCCAACUUCAGAGUACAUCGAUAAGUUUUCUGUGUUGAAGAGCGGAGCAGGCUAUGAAUUGUUGGUUUUAGAUGCUGAAAAACGAUAUGGAACCAAAAUAGUACCAAAGAUAACUGAGAAAAAUAUUCAACUUAUAAUUAAUGAAGCCCAUUUAAGUAGGAACUUGAAAACUAAGGAAAUAUUAAAGGCUUUGGAGAAUGAAACAGACGAUAGUAAAAGAAAAUGUUGGGCUCUUCUGAUUUUGCCAUAUGUAAUACCAGUUUCAAAUAUUAAGCGAAAGUUGUCAACAAAAUUGUACAGGCCUUCAAAAAUUGAAGCUCAAGAAGCGUUUAUAGCACAUUAUAAGAGUAUACCAGAAGCAGAUCACGCAGAGAGGCAGUAUAUCAACCAAUGCAGAAAAGUUAAAGUCAAUAUCCAGCCAAAAAUAGUUUUUAUAGGAGAAAAUAUCGAUUUGACGUGGGUUUUAGUGUCACAUGUCAAAUAUUGUUUUAAAAAUCCGUUAGAAGCAGUUACUGCAUGCUUCAGUGUUUUCAUGGGACUUAACAUACAAUAUCCACCCGAAUGCAAGAGAAUCUGGUAUUUUGUUCAAAAUUACAUUUACAAAAUUACAACUAAAUAUGACAAGGAUGAUGCUGUAUUGAAGACCUUAGCUUUAGAUUUAGAAUUCCUGCAACAAAAUAAAAAUUAAAAUCUUAAUAAGAAUGAACAAAUAGGUACGUGUAGAAACUGUAUACAUACAAUUA